UUUAGAUUUUUUAUUUUUUUUUCAAAUAACCUUAGAUCAAACAGAAAUUGCUUUUCUCUGUUUUUAUUAGUGUGUGUGAGAGAGAGUUUUCACAUCUUGCUGGUUCAGAGAUGGCGGCGGAGCAGUCGACAAUAACCAAAAAACGUCGUCGAGGUGAAGCUAUUCAUGCAGCGCAAUGUGGGGAAUGCUUUAAAUGGAGAGUGAUUACUACCCGUGAGGAGUUUGAAGAUAUAAGGAGCAAAUUGAUAGAGGACCCAUUUGUGUGCAGUAAAAAGAAAGGGGGAAGUUCUUGUGAAGAUCCAGGUGAUAUAGAGUAUGAUUCUAGCAGAAUCUGGGCAAUUGAGAAGCCAGGGUUACCUAAGACACCGGUUGGAUUUAAGAAUGAGUUAAUCAUAAGAAACAAUUUGUCAAAGUUUGAUUCUUAUUUUAUUACUCCUACUGGGGAGAAGUUGAAAGGCCCAUCUGGAAUAGCUUCAUAUCUGAAACAACAUCCUGAAUUUGAUGACAGAUUAUCUGUUUCCAACUUCAACUUUACAAACCCAAAGAUUAUGGCUGAUACUCUUUCUGAUAUUUCUCCAAAGAAGAAGAAAAAGAUUAUCAUCCCAAGAGACUAAUGAAGACAGCAGUAAUAAUUGUGAUUCUGUGACAGUUCUAACUUUUUUGAUUACCAAGUUUUAAGUUUGAAUUUUUUUGAUUCACAGUUAUCUUAUUUUGAAUGUGAGUUAUCUGUGGAUAAAUUACUUUCCCCUACUUAUAUCAUCAUCAUCUAAGUUGACAGUAUUAUUCUUACUAUGCUUUAAAAUAUACUUCAUGUAUUUCUACUCUCAUCUCAAAGUUGGGGUGGUAUUUCUAUUCAAAUAUCUAG